AUGAAGAAGUUCCUCGGGCUCAAGGGCCAGGCCCUUAACAUGGCGGUGGGCAUCAUUGCAGGAUGCGACUUUUUGUUAUUCGGUUAUGACCAGGGUGUCAUGGGCGGGAUCCUCACACUCCCGAUGUUCUUGAACGCGUUCCCAAUGAUCAACCCCGAAGCUGAAGGGAUCACGUCCGCCGAGUCCUCCUCCCGAUCGACGUACCAGGGAAUUGCGGUAGCUUCGUACAAUCUCGGGUGCUUUUUCGGCGCCGUCAUCACCAUCUUCAUCGGAAACCCUCUCGGUCGCAAGCGUGUUAUCAUGCUCGGUACUUCUAUCAUGAUCAUCGGCGCCAUCCUCCAGGCGAGUUCCACGACACUCGAGCAGUUUAUUAUUGGACGAAUCAUUACCGGGUUAGGUAAUGGCGGGAAUACUUCGACAGUACCGACAUGGCAGUCAGAAACAUCGAAAGCCCACAAACGCGGAAAGAUGGUCAUGAUUGAGGGUGCCCUCAUUACCUGCGGUAUCAUGAUCAGUUACUGGAUCGACUUGGCGCUGUCCUUCGCCCCGACCUCGGUGGCGUGGCGUUUCCCGCUAGCUUUCCAGGUUUUCUUCUGCAUUAUCAUCCUGAUCUUCAUUCCCUUCCUGCCCGAGUCGCCCCGCUGGCUUAUCCUACGCGGCCGCGAGGACGAGGCCAAGGAAGUCAUCGCCGCGCUCGAGGACAAGGAACCAAGCGACCACGUGGUCGAAAACGAGUUCCUCGCCAUCAAGGAAACCGUGCUGGAGAUGUCCAAGGGCACGUUCGCUGAACUAUUCACCAUGGACAAGAACCGCAACCUGCACCGGACCCUCCUCGCCUACUUCAACCAGGUCUUCCAACAGAUCUCCGGUAUCAACCUCAUCACCUACUACGCGGCUGUCAUCUACCACGGCCUCGGCAUGACCGACUUCAUGUCCCGCCUGCUCGCCGCGCUAAACGGCACAGAAUACUUCAUCGCCUCCUGGCCAGCUGUCUUCCUCGUCGAGCGCGUCGGCCGCCGCAACCUCAUGCUCUUCGGUGGCAUCGGCCAAGCCGCGACCAUGGCUAUCCUAGCGGGCGUCAACUCGCGCAAAGAGCAAGGCUUCCAGAUCGCGGGCAUCGUCUUCCUCUUCGUCUUCAACACUUUCUUUGCCGUCGGCUGGCUGGGCAUGACCUGGCUGUACCCGGCCGAGAUCGUCCCCCUGCGGAUCCGCGCGCCUGCCAACGCGCUCUCGACCAGUGCCAACUGGAUCUUUAACUUCCUCGUUGUCAUGAUCACCCCUGUGGCGUUCAACACCAUCGGAUACCAGACUUACAUCAUCUUUGCGGCUAUCAAUGCGUUUAUGGUGCCGUGUGUCUACUUCUUCUACCCGGAGACGGCCUACCGCUCGUUGGAGGAGAUGGAUACCAUCUUCCACAAGGUUGACGCGGGCUGGAAGGGGGUGUUUACGGUGGUGCACCAGGCGAGGAAGGAGCCGAGGUGGUAUGGGAAGAAUGGGGAGCUGCUGGUGGAUUAUGAGCAGACGGAGGAGCACUUGAGGCAUGUGCGGCCGCAGCAGCCAGCUGCUGCGGUGCCGUCGGAGAAGAGGUCUGGCGAGGAGGGAUCGGGGAGUGGGAACAGCGAUGCUCGGCAUGAUGAGUUCCGGGGGUAA